AUGUCGAAGUUUCUAGUACUAAACCCAGAUCCAAAUGACUUGAACGAUGUACUUUCGAAAGCAAACUUGCAAAAUUCAAAAAAUGGGCCGUUUGAAGCUGUCCUACUUUUAGGUGAUGUGAUGUCUAACUUGGAUCCUCCUGCAAUUGAAGUAAGCCAAAGAACUUACUUUGGAAGAGGACCUAAGACUUUCAAAGAUGUUCCUGCCGAGGAAAUCGAAAAUAAGUCCUUGGAUAUCAAAGAAAACUUGACUUUUUUGGGGAAGCCACUUAAUAUUGUAACAUUGAAAUCAGGGUUCACUGUAGCGUUUCUCUCUUCUCAAUUAAAUGAAGCAGAGAAAGAGGAUGUUUUGACCCAGAGCAAACAAAGCGUCAAAUUCUCUAGUGUAGAUAUAUUAAUUACCUAUCUUUGGCCAAAAGCAAUUGCUAGGCAAAAUAAACUUACUUUGGUUGCUGAUUCAACGUCCUUUACUGAUAAAUUGGUCGAGCUAAUGAAGCCUAGAUAUCACUUUGCAGUUGGUAGCGAAAAGGGAAGAUUCUACGAAAGCGAAGCAUUCAAAUGGAAAGUCUCUGCGUCCGAUAGCUCUACUAAUACCAGGUUUAUUAGUCUAGGACAAAAGGGAACUGGGGAAAAGUGGUUCUAUGCCUUCGGUAUAGAUAAAUCCUCACCAAGUAGUGAUGAUGCAAGUACAGGCUUAAACCCGUUUGAACUAGAAGUAAAUCCGACCAUUGCUUCUCUACCAGCUAUACCGGGGACUAAACGACCACACUCUGAAGUUAGAGAAGAUAGCGAUGGUAAUUCGUUACCUGUCAGCAAUAAGAAGAUUUCAAUGUCUCAAUGCUUUUUUUGUUUAUCCAAUCCUAGAUGUGAGACUCAUAUGAUUAUUUCAAUUGGUAAGCAUAAUUACUUGACCGUCGCUAAAGGUCCGCUUCCUCCUCCAGCUCACCGCAAUCGCAAUAACAGUUUAGGGUUUUCUGGCCAUGCUAUUAUCAUCCCCAUAGAACACAUGCCUACCAACAGACUAAGCGAUAGCAAGUGCACUGAAACUCCCCUUUACAAGGAGUAUCUUCAAUUUCAAGACUCUCUCAUUAAAUCAUUUACUGAUGGAGAUAACUAUUCCUUGGUUUUCUUUGAAAUAAAUAGACAGGCAAAUAUCCACCAUCAUACACAAAUGGUUCCGGUACCGAACAACCUAAUUCAGACAUUUGAGGCUUCGCUUAGUGAGAGAGAGCAAAAUAACAAUGAAAAAUUCUUGAGGAAUCUGAAAUUGAAGUUUGAUAAGUUUGAAGAUUCUAAUGAUCCAAAACUUAUAGAAUCAGUAAACGGUACCAAAGAUUUCAUUUUAUUUACAGUGUGUAAAAAAGCCGGUGACAAAACUUACUACAUUUCUGAAUUAGAUGGAAGUGUAGGGAAAGGAGUAGACUUGCAAUUUCCUCGAAGAGUGCUUGCCUCGGUGUUGCGUUGUGGUAAAAGAGUAUAUUGGGAAAAAUGUAGGCAGACAUUAUCAGAAGAAACUGAAGAAUGUGAAAGAUUCAAAUCUUUCUAUAAAGAGAACGAUUUCUCAUGA